UACCGCGAUGCAGUAUUUUUUGUGUUAAGCUAUCGAUUUACUACCAUCUCUAACAUAAAGACAAUGAAAAAAAGAAUCAUUUUUGUGAAUUAGUGUCAGUAAAUAUCAAGAAAAGUGCUCAAAGUGCCUAAUUCCGCGAGUCAAAAAUGGUUGUUUGCACAGCCACGAUGCCCCCGGAAACACGACAAGUGCCUGCGGUGAAGAAAGAGCACACGGAACUGCUGGAAAACCCCGCGAACUCUGAACCAGGUGACCCUGGUGAAAAAGAAGAGGGAGUCGUCGAGGAGCAUUGCGAAGAGGGCGAGAUUGUAGACGAAUUCGAACUGAUCCUCUCGUCCGAGGAUGAGGAGUUCAAGUUGCGUGCUCGGAUUCAACAGCUGGAGGAGAACAACAAGGAUGUGGAGCGCAUGGACAUGCUAUCCGCCAAUUUGGCACAUCAAUACAAUUACCCAAAGCCUGGAUCGCGUUUGCAGUCUCAGCAACAAAAGUCGCCCGUUUACAUCCUGUCGGAUGUGUCGAGCCAGUCAGACUAUGAGUUCGAGGUCCAGCGAAAGUAUCGCAAGCGCAAGGUGCGCCGCCUCGAGCUGGGCAAAAGGCAUAAUCAGUCGUUGUCCAGUGACUAUCGGCGGAAUCCCUUUGCCAGGCGCCACAAGCACUGUUCGCCACCUCCUCCGGUCACCACAAAGCGCCGGCGGCAGGACUAUCACCAUCAUCAGCCGCCCAAUCACCCCCAUCGUCGCCAUCAGCAACACCAUGAGCUCGAAGAUUCACUGGACAGCGACGGCGAGCUGGGCGAGUACGACAUAAACGGUGACAACGAGGACGACGAGAUAGACCUGCAACAGCUUAGACUAAGCAGGGAUAAGUUGCGCGUUGCCUUGGCGCGGGAGGAGCGAGAGGAAUUUGUUAGUCAUUACAAAAACAGCCUGAGAGAGAAACUUCAGUACCUCGUGUCCAAGUCGCCUAGUCCAAAGCACCGCGAGGAGUACCAGCAAGAAGAGGAACUGCCACUUCCGCCACUGCAGCCAUUAUCGGAAGACGGCGAUGCCAUUAUCGGCGAGGAGGAACCUCAGGAACAGGGGGUGCCGCAAAGCGAUGAUUCUGCCGAGCUUAAGCUUCGACUUAUAGCCCUUAAAUCUGUCAUACUGAAAAAGCAUUUAGCGCGAAAGAAGCGAGACGCGGAGCGGGCUUACUCACCCACUGAUAUGAUCAAUCGUGUGCAUCCCGCUAUUUCCAAUGACGACGACAUCGAUGACUUAAUGGAGAUCAGCCCAGCAGCAUCGCCAGAUCGAGUACAGAGCCCGCCAAGAUACCUAAUAGAUUAUGCUGUGGACACGCAGCCUGUGGACAUGGAAUUAGCCGAAACGGACAGCGAUGAUCAGCAAAACGAAGUCUGGAAAUCGUGGUCCAACAACUGGAACUCCAUUGAUAACGCUGGCGGCAGUUGGCGUUGUUUCUUGCCCAACAACUUGCCGCCUGUUUCGGUGCCCAUUGUGAUAGACGAAGACGAUGAGGUAGAUAUAAAUACGAGUGAUCGGAUAAGAAGAGAGAAUAUAGGUUACGAUGACGAUGAAGUUCCGCCGCCACCGCCGCCCUUUCACAUUCCACUAAUGCAUCUGGAGGAUGAGGAUGCCCGGGAUGCCAUGCACCUAGUCGAACAGCAUUCCAAUCAUAGCUACAACUCGGAGUUGCAGACAGUUUCCAUGGAGAACUCGCAGGCGCAUAUAAAGACAUUUGACCAAUCUCAGCCAAAUUCGAGUGACGACGAGGCUGGAGCCUUGCGAGCUAUUUUGCUAUCCAAUUUACGGGCAAAUAGACCCCCACCACCACCUCCAGGAACCCCACAUCCUUUUGAUACUGAUCUUAAUUCUGCUCCGGUCGACGUUCCAAAACCUAUUUCAGUCAAUGUGCUCGCUCCCGUACCUGCUCCUGUGCCCGCUUCAGUGCCUUCUUUUGUACCUAGUGCCGUGGCUCACAUUAAGGACGAUUCAAGGCAAAACAAUGACUCAGAUGAUCCAGAAGAACUGCGCCUAUUGCUCCUUUCCAGCAUAGGAAGCAAAAAGCGAUCAAAACCAAAGUCCGGUUUAAGUCCAGAGAUACUCAAGAAUGCUGUGAAACGCUUCCAACCCUCGGAAUUGCCAAUAAAAGAUGAACAGUCUCAGGACCAACAGUCAGUUCUGGUAGAGAUAAAUGUACCAGAAGAAGGAAAGGAGAUACAAAAUAAAGCUGUAGUUGAGCCGAUUCCAUUGGAAACUGCACCCAUUUCCGUGGAGCCCUUGGAUGCUCCACAGCCAGUGGCCAAGCUUAAAAUGCAGGCACAGAAGCCAACGUCACCCACAUCAAAAAUCAUCAAAAUUGUAAAGCCCAACAAGGUGAUAAACAAAACGACAACGACCAAGCGGAAAUUGCUCGGAAAUAAAGGUUCAGGGUUGAGCAUAAAGCGGCCAACAGCCUUAAUGAUUAAGGAGCCCAGCGCUCCACUGCGUGGUCAGGAAGUGAUCGCAUCCAGCACUCGCCUGAUCACCACUGUAGACCCAGCCAGCAUCAAAGUAAAUAAGCUGAUUAUCAGUUUAGCAGAGGAGUCGCCCGCCAGUGAUGAUGACCUGGAGCUGAGUUCGAGCUUCGCUUAUGUAAACACAGACAUUGCCAGCCCCCUGAGUUUGGCAAUGGGCAGCUUAAGCGGCUCCACCACCAGAUCAAAUACUCCCAUAUCCGAGAUUGCCGAAACGGCUCCCAAUGCCACAAACAAUCUCAGACGAACUGUGAUUAAUGAAUACUUUGAGAAGAAAAUCGACGAUUUUCUGAAGCAGGCUAGAUCCAAAGCUCCCACAACUAACUCACCAGAGGCAGCUUCCGAAAAGACUACUGUGAAACCCCAGGUUGAGGAAACCCCUCCAACAAGUGUUACUUCUCCUAAGACACAGCCGCCACCCAAGACGACGCCGGUGGCUGUUCGUCAUUUACCGGUGGCGUCGCAGAAGGAAUACCUACGUUUGGUCGAGCGUAUGCAAAUGCUGGAGCAAAAAAAGGUUCGGGCAGCCAAGGCAGCUGCUACUGUGGCCAAAAGCAAGGCGCCUACUGUUGAUAAACCAUCGUCGAAAAACAAAUCAACGCCAAGCACUAAUGCGAAUAUUGUAACAUACCCAGCCAAGGAACUCAUACCAAGUAAAACAAGUUCCACCAUGACCAACGCAAAAGCUACCUCAGCAGUUCAGAAACCCCAAGUCAAAACUGCGGAUUUAAAAUCACCAAAAACAAAAGCUAAGCAAAAUCAGAUGUCCAAGGAGAGUCGCCUGAAGGCCUUUGAGAAUUCGUUUGUUAAGAUUGGGGGAAGCAUGCUAGCCAAUCUAGACAAAUCGCUGCAAUUCGUGGAAGAAGCCAAGAAGUCAAAGGCAAUUCGUUUGCGAUGCUCACAGCGUCUCAAGGAACUGUAUGCCGAAAUGCAGACCGUAAGGCAGGCGGUAAAACAGGAGGAACUUAAGCUAGCGAAGAUUCAGCCCGAGAUUCAGGCCACCCAUGAGAUCAUCAUAUCACUGAAGCAGAAACGACAUAAACUCCAUGCGGCGGCUAUGGACUUGGGCCGUGGAUUAAGGGGCGAUGACUACAGGUUAAUCGACGAGGGAAAGGCUGCCAUCACCACUAAAUCAACACAGCUCACCAAGGAGAUACGCCUCUAUAAUUCUAUAAUACACUUUGCUGACCUUCAGAAACUGAAUGAUGCGGAGAUUAGUAAACCAAACACUGUGAUGCCAACGGAAUCCAAAGCGGUUCAACAGGAGGAGUCUAGCAAAAGUGUUGAGUCGAAUUCGCAGGAACCGGCAGCAGUACAAGCUACUCAACCUUUAACGGAUCCUCAGAUUAAAAAUCAAAGUGAAGUGGAAACAGAACCUGCUAUUGGAAAACAACCUGAAACGGGGACUGACCCUCCAGAUGAUCAGGCGCAGGAAAAAUCUGUGGAAGUUGCCGUAAAUACUACAGCACCCUACACGUUUAGCAUAAUGCGGGAACUGCGCGAGGAGAAGUCCGAUGAGCAUCACAGGGAACUCUAUCUAAGUGCCUAUCAAACGCCCAUGUGCAGGAACUACAAUAGCCACCUCGAUGUCCACGCCACAAUCUGCCCGUUUGAUCUGAUGGGUCGCUGUGAGGAUGCGGACUGCUCCUACCUGCAUUUAGCCCGCUCCGACUGCCAAAACGAGCUGCCAAAGACAAACCCUCUCUCAAUAACUAACAAAUAAAAAACUCACUAAAACACUAAAAGCAUACAUAACCCGAAAAAAAUGUAAAAGCGUGCUUGAAUUCUGGUAAGUUGGACUCUUCACGCGACCUAAUAUUUAAAUGUUGCUUUCAGUCAACGUUAAAAAGAAAGAAACCCACAACUCACAUGCCAAGCAGAGGAAUAGAAGCAUCCGCCGGCGUAGCGAGUGCUAAACCAUAAAAACCGAAAAAUAACAAUAAAAAAACAAUCGUUACUAGGUUGUACCUUGUUUGUUAUAUACAUUUAUAUAUAUCGUGUAGUGCAAGUUUCACGUCUCCGUCGCUCGAGGACGAGUUUUCGGGCUAAAGUUUGAACGGAUGUGCAUCCUUAGUUUCGCUCAUAGUUUUUUACCUAAUCAUUUUAAAUAUUUUUCAACAAAGUCGCCAUAAAUGAAUGCUCGAUGGCAGCAAUUAUAUAAGCUUAAAUAGUUAAUUUCAAUGCGCGAUGAUUAUAAUUUAUAAAUUCGUUUGCCAAUUACAUACAUUUUCAUGUCGCA